ACAUUGAGAGAAUUUGAUGAAUCAAAAUACUUAGAUGAACAGUUCCAAAAGUCAAAAGUGGACGAAUAUAGUGGGACGGAGGGAGUAAUAAAUAUGGAGUAGUUUUUAUCUCCCUCUAUUGCAAAUGUUGUGGCAACGGAGGAUCGAGAUUCAAUAUUAGGGUUGACAAUGCUGAGUGUAGGUAAGGGCUACAUCGGAUUUGAAAAUGGCCGUGAACAUUUCUCCUCACGGCAACAGAUGUCUCUAAUCGGGGAAAGAAACCGGAAGUUGAUGGAAGACUUAGACCAUGGAAAAAUCGACCUGGUCCUUCUUCGUGUUGUUUCAUCCAAGUAAAAGAUUGAGCACAUCUAGAGGGGAGGAUCCUCCCAAGUCGGUUGUGUAAAGUCACAACUCAACAGCAACAACGACGACAUAUCGAAGCAAUCGUAGCAGUGGCAAGCUUCUGCUUCCCACGACGGUGUUGAUGGCUAUAGUGAUGUUGGCGGAUUUGAGCAACCUCGUAACAACAAAUCUAAACUUCGGCUCUAGAACCAUGGCAGUGGCUGAUUCGGCACAAAGCAGAUGAGCGGCCGUAGGGUGAUGCCUUUGGCCGUAAGGGAGGCGGCAAAUCGGAAUGCUUCAGAGGGGGUAUGGCCAAAGGCAUCAUCUUACGGCCGUAGAUCUGUCACCUACGCCACCCAAGUUAGAUCCAUCUUCUCCCGCUCAAGAACAUCGUUUUAGCAAACCACUAUGGUCGGUAAACCAUGAAAUACCAACGACAACUGCUCGAGGGCCUGAAGCAGAUUCGCCCCCACUUAUCCUAUUUGCCUCCAAUUGGGACAACCUAGUUGUGGCCAAGUCGGGCUGCGACAAUAAUUACUAUGGCACCAGCAGCUAUGAGCAAACGGCAGAUCUAUUGUGGAGGAAAACAUGCCUCCAUUUUGGGUUUUUUCCCGGAUGAACCACAUGAAGAAACUAAAAAAAUAUGGCCUUUGGCUCAGGUUCCACGGUCGGCACCAAAAUGAUGGUGUAAAUUAUUGACCGGUAUAUCAUUUUUAGCUGGGCAAAAACGAUAAACUAGUCUGAAAAAUACACCAAAAUAUAAACAAGAGGAUUUUGACGUGGAAACCCAAUCGGGAGAAAACCACGGGUCUUUUUUGGCGGUAUCUUGCCAACGGGGGAUUUUUAUUAAUAUCGAGAGUGUGUCUACGGUACAUGAUUUGGUCUCGAAAGCCAUUAAUAGAAGCUUGAAGCUUCUUUGAAGAAAUAAAAAUACAUGCUAUUC